AUGUAUCCCAUUCAUAAUAAUUUUGAGCAAAUACACGAAACUGGCGAAUGGUCCUGUCCUUGUUGUACUUUAUUAAAUCCUAAAAAUGUUUUUAUUUGUGGUGCUUGUGGUUCUAAUACACCUAACCUUGGAAUGAGAAUUAUUAAUAUAAAUAAUAAUCAAAAUAAUUUAUCAUUGUCUACAUUUACCACAAUGCUUAAAAAUAUCAGUAAAACAACAUCCUCCAUGCUUUCACAUAAUAUUAAUAAAUUACAUAGAGAUAUUUUUUCAAGUCAUGGUAAUAAAGAAUUUUUUGAAAAUAAAUGGAAGUGCAUUAAAUGUGCAUUUAUUAAUAUGGGAUCUAGAAUUUACUGUGAAAUAUGUAAUUAUGAUAGAGGAGUAUUUAAUUUUGCAAGUGGGGAAUAUAACAUUUGUUUAAAUUGUAAUUAUCAUGAAAUAUAUAAUUUUGGUAAAAAAAAUUGUUCAUUUUGUUUUUCGAAACUGUCAAAUGUUAACGAAACAAAUAAUUAUGAUUUUAAUAUGGAAACAUCCACACUCCUUGAAUAUGAGUCAAUAACACUUGAACAAAGUAGGCAAUUCAAUGAUAUUUAUAAAAAUAUCUAUGAAGAUUGUGUUAAAAAUAAUGUUUCAUUUAUUGAUGAUAGUUUUCCUCAUUCAAAAAAGAGUAUCGGUGAACAUAUAACAUCAGACAGGGGUCGUCGACAAAUACCUAAUGAAAUAUUAUGGUUAAGACCAGCACAAAUAUUUACUAAAGAUGGUUGUCGUUAUCGAUGGGCAGUUUUUCGUGAUAAUAAUUUAUUAACUACAGAUAUAGAACAAGGGUUACUCGGAAAUUGUUGGUUUUUAUCUUCAUUAGCUGUAUGUACAGAGAAAUUUGAAAUUUUAAAAAAAAUUUUUAUUACAUCAAAUUAUCAACAUAAUGGAAUAUAUUGUCUUUCAUUGUGUAUUGAUGGAAUGUGGAAAAGUAUAAUUGUUGAUGAUUUUUUUCCAUGUUUUCCUGAUACUAAAUAUCAAAUAUUUGCUGUUGGUAGAAGAAAUCAAUUAUGGGUUCCUUUGAUUGAAAAAGCUUUUGCUAAAGCUUAUGGAAAUUAUGCAAAUUUAUCAGCUGGAACUUCUGCAGAAGGUUUCAGUGCAUUAACUGGUUGUCCUACUCAACAAAUUGAUCUUAGAAAUGAAAUGUAUAGAGAAUGUUCAGAUAUUUUGUGGGUUAAAAUAAUAUCAUCAAAAGAAGCUGGUUUUUUGAUGGGAUGUAGUGCUGGAAAUCAAUUUCUUAGUGAUAAAGAAUAUUUAAAAGUUGGCCUUCAAAAACAACACGGUUAUUCAUUUCUUGAUACUGCAACAUUAAGUAAUGGGACAAAAAUUGUAAAAUUACGAAAUCCAUGGGGUAAAUUUGUAUGGAAUAAAGAAUAUAGUAACAAUUGGAGUGGAUGGAAUAUAGAUGAAAAAAAAAGAUUAAUGCCAAAUGGUAUUGAAGCAGGUGUAUUUUGGAUGCCAUUUGAUUCUUUUUGUAAAUAUUUUACAAUGAUUGAGAUAUGUAAAAUAAGAACUAACUGGAAAGAAAUAAGAAUUCCUCUUAAGGCAUGUCAUGAUUGGAGUAAUUUGUUUAAAUUAAAAACUAUAAAAAUAAUUGUAACAGAAGAUACAGAGGCAACUUUUGUAUUACAUCAAACUAACUCAAGAUCUAAAAAUAGUUUACAUGAUUUAUUAAUUGUUAUUUAUGAAGAAAAUACUUUAUAUGGUGGUCCUGGAAAUAUUAUUGCUUAUUCAGAACAUAGUUUAUUACCUUUUGUCGUAACAGAAGAUGUCUUUUUAAAAAGUGGUAUAUAUUUUGUUAACUAUUUUUCAUUUUAUAAUUACGGAAAUGAAUUUGAAAUAUCUAAAAACGAUGAAAGCAAAAAAUGUGACUUAAUUGUUUCUAUUCAUAGCUCAAAAAUACUUCAUGCUUCUGUAAUACCUGCAUCAUUUUUAUUUUAUCAAAGAUCUUUGGCAAAUUUUAUUAAGACAUAUGGUGUUAUGGAGUCUCCCUCAAAUACUAAUGUUAUAUUUUAUAAAAUGCAAAAAACAUCAUGUGGAAUUAUUACGUAUGUUGAGAAUAUUGAUAAAAAUAAAUAUGCAUUUAUAAAAUGUAAAGUUAACAAACAUACAAACUUAUUAAGAACUAGACAGUAUGCCUCAACACACGACAUAAUACCACCAUGUUCUGGAAUGAUUAUUCAUGUAUUCACACAAAUGGAACCUUCUCAAAGUUAUGGUCUGGAGUAUACUUUAAAGUGUUCUUUGCAAUACUUUCAAAAAGGAAUUAUAGAAAAAGACCAGUAUUCAAAUACGGUAAACAAUCACAAUAAUCCAGAUUUAAACCAAUGUUAUUUAAGAGCACUUCAUUCUCCAUUUCCAAUAUUGUAA